UCUCUCUCUCUCUCUCUCUCUCCUCUGGUAAAGGCAGAAAAGCGGGAAAGAGGAUUCGAAAAUGCUGGACACCAUCCAUGCCACGAUCUUGGAGGGCGGAAGGAACGUCUUCCUUACACUUCCCAAGCUCACGACAGAAGAUAUCCUCGGUAUUUGGGGCACUGUUUCGGAGUUUGUUGAAAAGCAGCUUUCCAUGAAUAAGGGUGUCUUAAUACCAGGGUUGGGGACGUUCUCCUUCUUGAGACAGAAGCUUGAAGUCGGUAAUAACAAAUACAUCCUCAUACAGCGGCCUGUGUUCCUUCUGUCUGAGAAACUUGCGCAGAUCCAUGGGCUGAAGUUUAACAAAAUACACACUCCCGGUGAUAUCCCAAUUGUUCCACUAAAUUUCAUAGUGUUAUCCCUGGAGGGGCCUUUCAACAGGGAGACCGUGGAAGGAUGUGUCCGAGAGACGCUGCUGUCUUUCUCCCGGUCCAUCGCCACCAAGCAGACGGUCGAGUUCACCUUCAAAGGGAUCGGUGUGUUGGUGAUCCGGGACAACAGGGUGAAAAUGAAGUUUUACAAAGACUUCCUUCGCGCCAUGGAUGGGAGUGGGAAUCUCCUGAAGGCGCUUACAAACAGGCCAGGCACAGGGGACUCUGUGUUGUCAGCCAAAGAAACCACUCUUCCACAUUCAUGCACCGGUAACGUGGUUUUGUUUCCAAGCCACCGUAGGGUUGAGAUGAGAACCAUCCCCGAAGAAGGUGAGAAGACCAGGAUGGAAAAGGAGCAGGCAGAGAAAGAAAACAGCAAAAAAGAAAAUCUCUCGCCCAAGCGCCUUCUGUCUCGCCAGCUGAUUUCUCCAGCCAAAGUCUCAGGGAUCUGUUUGACCGAAGAGUAUGAGAAGAACUUGAAGCCCAAGCUGCCUCCGCAAAGGCAAGGACCGACAACAACGCCCGCUCCCGAAGCCCCGAAGACAGAGCAAGAAGCCAGCCCUGCCAAAAUUCCUGCCCUCAGACCCCGGACUCCAUCCCCCAUUUGUCAAGAUCAUGGUAGGGCAGGCCAGGAAAUGUGCUACUUGUGCAUGCAGCGUGCUCAGAGGAGUAUCCCUUUGUACUUGGGUGAAGAGAAGAGGAAGAAAGAGAAGGAAGAAGACAGGAUAUUGGCACAGUAUCAGGCCCUAAAGGAUCACGAAGCCUUUCAGAGGCAGCUGAUGCGAGCGAUGACAAAUCGAGAAGAGAACCAGAGAAUUGCGGCUUUUAACCUCGGGGUUGCCGAAGCCACCAGGAACCACAAGAAUGAUAAAGCUUUGGACAGCUACAAAUCAUACAUCUUUGAGAAGAGGCCAACCAGUGCCACCAUUCAGCAAAAGCAAGAGGUGUAUGCACAACAGCUGGGGAAGCAAGUGGACGACAAGAUGGCCAGAGAGUUGAAGCUGAGGCAGGAUCAGGACCUCAUUGACCGUCUGGAGCAAGUGCAGCUGGCAGAAGAGUUAGCUGCCCAAAGAACAAAAUACCUGAAGGACAAAAUGGAAGAAACAAAGUGUUAUAAGAGAGCACUGGACACGCAGAUAAAGAUGAGGCCAGCUCCGUUGCCGCAGUGCGAGCCUGAUUCGGCCGGGGUGAUCUUUGGGAAGAACGACAUGAAUAACGAAAGAAUGGGCGAAGGAAGGAAGCGCUGCCAGGAAUACUCCAAAUGCCAGCUGCAGGCGGCUGCGGAACGCAAGCGGGCAGACAUCCUCAGAGAGCUGAUCGAUCAGCGGAGAGCAGCAGUGAUGCUUCAGAGAGCGAAGGAACAGUUGAUGGCUGAAAAAGGAGAGCGGCUAGAGAAGAUAUUCCAGAUGAACUUAGCCGUGCAGGAAGACUGGAAGAAGAGUGCUGGGAUGAAGAGGCAGCGGGAUUACGAAGAGCAGAUCUUUAGACGCGCUGGCGACAAACUCCUGCUGCUUGACCAGUGUGCGAGGUAUCGCCGCUGCUACCAGUGUAAGAGGCGCAUGAGCAACUGCGGGGAAGCAAAUGUUUUGGUGGACAGUAAAUACAUCCCUGGAUCCCGGUUGGUAGUUUGAAGCAAGUUCGCUGCUUUGUUUCUUCCCUUGCCCUCUUUCCUCUCGCAAUUUUUUUAAUCAUUCUUUUUUUAUAUAAAAAAAGAAAGAAAUCUGAUCGUGCUGAUGUGCUUGAUUUGAUUCCCACAGCUCUGUGCAAUGCAUUCUCCCUAUUUCUGCCACUUUCUGGCUCAAGAUUCUUGUUCCCCUAGCUUCUGUAUGUUUUUAUGGAGAAUUAUGUUGAAUUAAAAAAGACAUGGAAGUGCUCUCUGGUAGUAUCCUGCUUGCUUUGGUGCCAAAUAUUAUUAGCCAAGCUUCUAAAUUUACACAGAAACCAUUUUAUUAUGUUUUCAGCUGACAAAGUUUACAGACAGUGGCAGAUUCCUGGUGCAAGUCGUAUUUAAACUGGACACCAUUGCAUUUUUGUAAUCAGUUUUAAUAGACUUGUGCAGACGCACAGCAAACUUACAUGUGCUUAGCUGUUGAGUUACAAAAUCAUUAUCCUGUCAGCCACUGCCUUGUGCUUCUUCACAGCUUAUAAGAACCAACACAUUCAUCUUUGUCUGAGGUUUUCAGUAAUAAAACAAACACCAACACAUUCUAAGUGCUUUAAUGCAGGAUUACAUAUGCAGCGUGACCAACAGUCUCCAUCAGAUCGCUAUUUGAUGAAAGGACAGUGGCAAGAAUGGUUGGUGGCUCAUUUGAGAUAGCAGCUGCCUAGAUGGAGAAGCUCCAUUUUUUAUUUUGAGAAAGUACUUGGGAAACAGUUUAAGACCCAACCCCCCAAGGGGCACAGAGGUCUUCUCCUAGUUUCCGAGAUAUAUAUAUACCCCAAGGCCACCUCGAACCAGCAACUAGCAGCACAUAUGAAGGAGAAAGAAAGGCCUCAGCAAGACUAUCCACAAGUUCUUCUGAGGUUGGCUACAAACAGCUAAAUAACUACGAAAAGAUGCUUACCCAUAAGUUUAAGGCAUGUACAAAAACAUUCUUAGGAGACCUUUUGACUGAAAGUGAAGGUGGGUUUGAAGCACUAUGUGUGUGAGAGAGACGGAAGGGGUGGGAAAAUCACCAGUGACCUGAUGUUGUGCUCCUCAGGUCUUGCUUUUGGGCUUCCUGCAGGGACCUGGGUGCCCACUGUAACAGCAGGAUAUGGGAUCGAUGGGCCAUUGGCCUGAUGCAGCAGGUUCAUCUCAUGUUCUUAUGAGGCGGGGCUUCCCCCUAUGGUUGAUGGAUGGUCUAUCCCAGGGGUCAGCAAACUUUUUCAGCAGGGGUCCGGUCCACUGUCCCUCAGACCUUGUAGGGGGGGCAGAAUAUAUUUUGGGGAGAGAAAAAAUGAACAAAUUCCUAUGCCCCACAAAUAACCCAGAGAUGCAUUUUAAAUAAAAGGACACAUUCUACUCAUGUAAAAACACGCUGAUUCCCGGACCAUCUGCGGGCUGGAUUUAGGUGGUGAUUGGGCCGGAUCCAGCCCCUGGGCCUUAGUUUGCCUACCCAUGGUCUACCUACCCCACCAAAGGCCCUGAAGCCAAUGUUACAUCAAGACACUCCGAUGUGUAUUUUUGGGUGCAGAAGGUGGGCUACGCAAAGGUCUGUCCUUACUUGCCUCUUGUCAAUCCUUAGAGUUGCUCUAACUAUGGGAGUCCUCUCUUCUUCUACAUUUCAUUUAUAUACUGCUUUAUAUUUUACAUUUUUUAAAAAAAAAUCUCAAAGCAGUUUACAACACAAAAAACAAUCCAGAAUAAAACAAAUCCACACUUCCAAGAAAAUAUUUCAGAUCCUUCUCCAAGUGACAUUUUGCAUUCCCCAUAAUUAUUUACCUACUUAAUUUAUAGAGCUGCCCCAUAGCAAAAGUACUCUAGGAAGCCAGUGUGGUGCAGUGGUUAGACUACCGGACUAGGGCCUGGGAGAUCAGGGUUCAAAUCCCCACUCGGACACGAAGCUCGCUGGGUGACCUUGGAGUCAAGUCACGGCCUCUAACAACAGUCAAAGCCAGAAAGACUAUUGUACUGAUGGGUAAUUGAGAAAACCUUAUCUGAAUUGCAGAGGGUGGAGUUGAUAUUUCCUCUCUUUGCAGGGGGUGGUGGAGGAAAGUUAGGUAUGCCUUUUAAAAACUGAAAUAAAGCAAGGCCAGCUUUGUUAAGGAACAUAAAAAAUGAGCUACUUCUCCAUGAGUUGGCAGAGAUGACUCAUUCCCCACAGUGCAGCUGCAGGCAUCUUGUGACAGUCUUAUUGGUGUUGCCAGGCAGAACUGGCACUGAAGCUGGGUAGAUAAGGGGCUCAUGUUACUGUAUUUGGUGUGGCUGGACAGUGGGAUAAUUCAAGUGAGACAGCGCAGAGCAGUUUGAAGAACAGGAACUGCGGAAAAGACUGCAGACUUUGUGAAGAGUUGCAGGACUUCGAAGCAAUGGAACUACAGACUUGACACAGGACUUUGAAGCAGCGAGCCCUCUCUGGGCUCAGAGAGUGAAGACUACGUGUAACAUCUGUAAAUAGUGUGGAUGUAUUGUGGUGUUGGCCUAGUGAAGACAAUUCUGCAAAAUGGCUGUUUUCCGUGACGAGUUUAACAGCUUGACUGAGAUUACGUACACACACACCCAACCAGGUUUUCCCGGCAUGGAAACAAAAAGUUGCAGAAAGCAUCAACCACUUUAUUUCCUUCAUAUCAGGCUACUGUUAAGGGCAUAAAAGACUCGAAGGGUGGGGAGAUUACUAACUGGAGACAGAGUGAAAGUUUCUCAGUUAAGUUUCAGUCUUAUUGGUGACUUGAAUUUCACCGAGGUAAAAUUUGUGAGUGUGUCUGGGAAUAAUUCCUUCUGCCCCCGAUGAACCUCCAACUCUUUCUUUUUCUCCUUCCUUCCUUUUUU